AUGAACAACAAUCUCGUCGUCACCUCCAUUCGUCUUACACCUUCUAAACUCCACGAGGUCAGGCUUACAGGAGAGGAGAGAUCGAAUGUUCCCGCGAGUUUUCAUGGGCAGUUAGCCGACUCAGUCGCCGUUAUCUGUCGCACUGUCGCCGUUGAACAGACCGGAGCAGGCCGAAGAUUUUUAUCUAGUUACAUCUUGACCCAGCUUGCUGCACACUUCAGUUCUACUGAUGGGGACAAGAUACAAAUCAUUCCCUUUGAUGAGUCUGACGUCAUUGACAUGGGUCCGAUUGUGGACUUUGUAGUCUCCAAAGGUGGAACGCCAAUUGGAAGGCAUUUAGUUAAGAUGCCUAUGAUUUUCGCGACAAACAUAGACGACAUGGCCAGCCAUCAGUUUUGCGCGAUUUUCCAAACUGACCAUCUAACCCUGACUUUGGCCUUAAUCAACCAGUAUGUACCACUUCUCGAAAAGUUUUGCCGUCGUCCUAGCGGCUUGAAUGCCCUCCGAGGGUGUGUUACCAACGGCUUCGACUGGAAGUUCUUCGUUUUCCGAGUCCAGAAUGACAAGGGAAAAACGGGGGAGCUUUUGCUCUUUGAUACUAUAAUUCCUUACACCGACCUUCCGCUGCUGAUGGGCGUCCUUAAUGAUUGGGUGAGAAAUUGCAGGGAUGAAAACCUGCAGUUUUGUGAGCUCGUGACUGACGACCAGACAGAAGAAAUGACGCAGAAUGAAAAGGAAAACAUUUUCCCUCAGGAUGCAGUUUCCGACGCAGGGGAAUUGGGCCAACAAGCGGACGAAAUUCUUCCAAAGCCGAUUUUGGAGUACUCAGAAGUUUCUUGUCCUGACUUUUCUCAGGAAAACAUUUUCCCUCAGGAUGCGGUUCCCGACGCAGGGAAACUGGGCCAACAAGCAGACAAAAUUCUUCCAAGGCCAAAGAGGAAAUGGCGGAAAGCAAAGAAAAAGCAGGUUUCAACCCAAAUUGACAGUCAAAGCCUGAUGGUCGUAGAAGGUGAUGACUCAGAAAAGGUAACAGAAAGUUACUUGGAGGUUAGGACUCUUUGUGUUCUGUUCUGUUGUACUAAAAGCCCUUGA